UUAGCGACUGUGGCGCCUGCGCGCGCUGGGCCGGCGGGGCUGGGGCCGUGGCGGCUCGUGCCGGGUGAUGCUAGGCGUAUCCCUGGGCGCCAGGCUGUUGCGGGGCGUGGGUGGUAGGCGCGGGCAGUUCGGGGCGCGAGGUGUCAGCGAAGGUAGCGCAGCCAUGGCGGCAGGGGAGAGCAUGGCUCAGCGAAUGGUCUGGGUGGACCUGGAGAUGACAGGAUUGGACAUUGAGAAGGAUCAGAUUAUUGAGAUGGCUUGUCUGAUAACUGACUCUGACCUUAACAUUUUGGCUGAAGGUCCCAACCUGAUUAUCAAACAGCCGGAUGAGUUGCUGGACAGCAUGUCAGAUUGGUGCAAGGAGCAUCAUGGGAAGUCUGGUCUUACCAAGGCCGUGAAGGAGAGUACAGUUACACUGCAGCAGGCAGAGUAUGAAUUUCUGUCCUUUGUACGACAGCAGACUCCUCCGGGGCUCUGUCCACUUGCAGGGAACUCAGUUCAUGCAGAUAAGAAGUUUCUUGACAAACACAUGCCCCAGUUCAUGAAACAUCUUCACUAUAGGAUAAUUGAUGUGAGCACUGUUAAAGAGCUGUGCAGACGCUGGUAUCCGGAAGAUUAUGAAUUUGCACCGAAGAAGGCUGCUUCUCACAGGGCACUGGAUGACAUUAGCGAAAGCAUCAAAGAGCUUCAGUUUUACCGAAAUAACAUCUUCAAGAAAAAGACAGAUGAAAAGAAGAGGAAAAUUAUAGAAAAUGGGGAAAAUGAGAAGCCCUUAACUUUGCAUCUUCAGACUCCUCAAGCAGACGAGACAUCACUAUUCCGUUCCUUCUAGUCUGCUGUUUCCGUCGCGAGACGGCGGCGCCUUUGUAAGCUUCAGGCCACGCCCACCCCCCUCAGUCCGUAUCUGCACUUGCUUAUAGGCCAUUCCUUUUGUUUGAAUAAUAAAUAAAGCUAGUUCUAUUGAAAUGCAA